AUGAUACAAUUGAACAAAGUGCAUUUUAAAGAAAAACGAUUUUCAUGUGACGUUUGUGGAAAAGCAUUCAUUCAUAAAUUUUAUUUAACGCGACAUCAAACGAUUCACAGCGGAGAAAAACCUUUCAAAUGUGAAAUUUGUGAAAAAGCAUUUACUCAUAAACAUAAUUUAAUCGAACAUAAACGGCUUCACACCGGAGAAAAAUCAUUUUCAUGUGUUUAUUGUGCGAAAAAAUUUAGUCGACAAAGUACUUUAACCGUGCAUUUACGAAUUCAUACCGGGGAAAAACCGUUUGUUUGUGAAAUUUGUGAGAAAACAUUUGCACAAAAAAGUAGUUUAAUUUCACAUCAAAGAAUUCACAGCGGAGAAAAAACCGGGGAAGUAAUGAAGAAAAAUAAUAAAUUGAUUAUUCCCGAAUGUGAAAUUAGUGAACGGGAGGAAGAAUUUAAUAGGACAGAAUUGCAACAGGGAAAACUUGAAUUCAUCGAAGAAAAAGAUACAAUGGAACACGUACAACUCAAAAAGGAAAUUGAUAUCGAAGAAGUAGUAAUUCAAGUGAAAAAAGAAAAUUUUCAAGAAGAAAAUGAACUAAUUAAGGAGGAUAUACAAAUGGGAAACAAUUUAAAUCACCAUAAAUUAAUUGAAAACACAUGUGACGUUUGUAAUAAAGCAUUUAUCCAUCAAUAUUUAUUAACGCGACAUCAAACAAUCCAUAGCGGAGAAAAACCAUUUUCAUGUGAAUUUUGUGACAAAACAUUUACACAAACUCAAAGUUUAAAUCGACAUAGACGAUUUCAUACCGGGGAAAAACCUUAUUCAUGUGAUUUUUGUGAUAAAAAAUUUCGUUUACGUGCGUACUUAAACGCGCAUCGACGAACGCAUACCGGUUUAAAACCUUUUGCUUGUGAAAUUUGUGAUAAAAAAUUCACCCAACAAAUUGUUUUAAAUAAACAUAAAUUUCUUCACAGCGGCGAAAAACCGUUUGAAUGUGAAUUUUGUGAUAAAAAAUUUGCGCUUUUAAAUUAUUUGGAUGUUCAUAGACGAGUCCAUACCGGGGAAAAACCGUUUUUUUGUGAAAUUUGUGAUAGUAGAUUUUCGCAAAAAAUUAGUUUAAUUCAACAUCAAAAAAUUCACAGCGAAGAAAAACCAACUUUUACUGAAAAAAUUCAUACCUUAGAAAAACCGUUUGAUAAUGAAUUGGUUAGGACCGAAUGUGAAACCAGUGAAUUCGGGCAAGAAUUUCAUACAGAUCUUCAAACGGGAGAACAUGAUAUCUUUGAAGAAAAAGAUACAAUGGAAGAACAACAAAUCAAAAAGGAAAUUGAUAUCGAAAAAGUAUCAAUUAAAGUGGAAAUGGAAGAAAAUUAUGAAGAAGAAAAUGAAUUAUUGAAGGAAGAUAAUCAAAUGGUUGAUGCCGAUUGUGAAUUCGAUGAAAAAGGGCAAGAAUUUAAAAUUAAAGAGGAAAUUUUCGAAGAAAAUCAACUAAUGAAGACUGAAGAUAAUCAAGCGAUUGCCGCCGAAUGUGACACCGAUGAACUGGGGCAAGAAUUUAGUGCAGAACAUCAACAGGAAGAGAAACCUUUGUCAUGUGAAGUUUGUGGUCAAUCAUUUAAUUUCCGGAACACUUUAAACCGACAUAAACUAAUUCAUAACACCGAAAAACAUUUUUCAUGUGAUAUUUGUAUGAAAAAAUUUCAUCGGAAUAAGAAUUUAAUUCAACACAAGAAAAAAGUUCAUGCAAAGGAAAAACCUUUUUCAUGUGACGUUUGUGGUAAAGCAUUUAUUCAUAAAUUUUAUUUAACGCGACAUCAAACGAUUCACAGCGGAGAAAGACCUUUCAAAUGUGAAAUUUGUGAUAAAGCAUUUACUCAUAAACAGAAUUUAAUCGAACAUAAACUACUUCACACCGGAGAAAAAUCAUUUUCAUGUGAUUACUGUGAAAAAAAAUUUAGUCGACAAAGUUAUUUAACCGUUCAUACACGAAUUCAUACCGGGGAAAAACCUUUUAAUUGUGAAUUUUGUGAGAAAACAUUUACGCAAUCCAGUAGUUUAAUUCAACAUAAACGACUUCAUACGGGAGAAAAACCAUUUGAGUGUAAAUUUUGUGAUGAGAAAUUUUGUCGGAAAGUUGAAUUAGAACGACAUUUAAGUAAUCACACCACCGGUGAAAAACCUUUUUCAUGUGAAUUUUGUGAUAAAUCAUUUACGCAACAAAACUUUUUGGAUUUACAUCGACGAUCACAUACGGGAGAAAAACCGUAUUCAUGUGAUUUUUGUGAAAAAACAUUUAAAGUACGAAGUUAUUUACGGGUUCAUAAACGUGUUCAUACGGGAGAACGACCUUAUGCAUGUGAUGUUUGUGAUAAAACUUUUACUCAACAGACAACCUUAAAUCAACAUAAAAAGCUUCAUACACUUAUUAUCCCUUAAGAAUCAAAUAAAUUCCGAUUUUUGUCCCAAUU